GGCGGGGCUGGACCUAAGGAGCUGCACAUGCGCACUGCGGGGCCGGCUCGGCCCGCAGGGUAAAGUGGGCCGUAUCGCGGGAGUGCGCCUGCGCUGAGCUUGCUUCUGGAAUGAGAGAAACAAAGAGGCAACAGCCAUGGCAAGCAAGCCCAUCCUUCACUACUUCAAUUCACGGGGCAGAAUGGAGUCUGUCCGCUGGCUCUUGGCUGCAGCUGGAGUAGAGUUUGAAGAAAAAUUCAUUAAAACACAAAAAGACUUGAAAAGACUAAAAGAUGAUGGGAGUUUGAUGUUCCAGCAAGUGCCCAUGGUGGAGAUUGACGGGAUGAAGCUGGUGCAGACCAGAGCCAUUCUCAACUACAUUGCCUCCAAAUACAACCUCUAUGGGAAGGACAUGAAGGAGAGAGCCCUGAUUGACAUGUACACAGAAGGUACGGUUGAUCUGAAUGAAAUGCUUAUUCGCUAUCCAUUCCUUCUACCUGGGGAGAAGGAUGCAGGCCUUGCCCAGAUCACACGGAAAGCAAGGAAGUGUUAUUUUCCUGCCUUUGAAGAGGUGUUGAAGAGCCAUGGCCAAGACUACCUUGUUGGGAACAGGCUGAGCAGGGCCGACAUUCACGUGGUCGAACUUCUCUACCACGUGGAGGAGCUGAAUGACAGCAUUGUGGCCAACUUCCCCCUGCUUCAGGCCCUGAAAACCAGAGUCAGCAGCCUCCCCACAGUGAAGAAAUUUCUACAGCCUGGCAGCCAGAGGAAACCUUUGGAGGAUGAGAAGUUCAUAGAAGAGCUUAAGAAGAGCUUCUUUUAAAUCUGCCUGGACAGGACAGCACAUGGAUUCCCUGUCUUCCUGGGUUCCAGCAGUGAAGUGCCCAGCAUUGCUCCUAAUUCUCAUGGAGCUAACAAAGGUUUCCAGCUGUUACCUGCUGAUCUUGUUAGACAUGAACCAUGCAAAUGGAGUUGUAAUAUCACCUAUUGUGUUUUGAGCAAGUUUGGAAUCAAGAUCACCUUGUAAUAUGUCCCUUUGAAUUUAAAUAAUCGGAAGAAGAUGUUUAAACUCAGAUCUGUUUGGAAAGAACUUUGUCAUUCAUCAGCUGUUGUAGACCCUAUCAAAAAAAAUUAAGCAGAAUUUUUCACCUGAUGCUUUGGCCUACGCAAAAGCACUCUUCUCUGUUAUGUUUUGAUGACUUUCUGAAUAAGAACCCUGUUCCUUCAAGUAA